CCGCGGCGCGGCGCGCUCGUAAGAGUCCAGGAUGAGUUAUGCAGAAAAACCUGAUGAAAUCACAAAAGACGAAUGGAUGGAAAAGCUUAAUAACUUGCAUAUUCAGAGAGCAGACAUGAACCGCCUUAUCAUGAACUACCUUGUCACAGAGGGCUUUAAAGAGGCRGCAGAGAAAUUUCGAAUGGAGUCUGGAAUUGAACCCAGUGUUGAUCUGGAGACUUUGGAUGAAAGAAUAAAAAUUCGAGAAAUGAUCCUGAAAGGACAGAUUCAGGAAGCAAUUGCAUUAAUAAACAGUCUUCAUCCCGAAUUGUUAGAUACAAACAGAUAUCUUUAUUUUCAUUUACAGCAGCAACAUUUGAUUGAACUGAUUCGGCAGCGUGAGACAGAAGCAGCUCUGGAAUUUGCUCAGACCCAAUUAGCAGAACAAGGGGAGGAGAGCAGAGAAUGCCUGACAGAAAUGGAGCGUACGCUGGCUCUGCUUGCCUUUGAUAAUCCCGAAGAAUCGCCCUUCGGAGACCUGCUUAACAUGAUGCAGCGACAGAAGGUAUGGAGUGAGGUUAACCAAGCUGUCCUAGACUAUGAAAAUCGUGAAUCAACACCCAAGUUGGCAAAAUUACUGAAGCUACUACUGUGGGCUCAGAACGAGCUGGACCAGAAGAAAGUGAAAUAUCCGAAAAUGACAGACCUCAGCAAGGGGACGAUUGAAGAACCCAAGUAAAAUGUGUGCAGAUGGACAUCAAAAAAUCUUAGUACUGCACAGUAUACAUUUAUAUCAGUCUGUGACUGAAAUAUUUUUACUACAGUACAGCACUCAAUUCAGAUUUUUCAAUGAACAUCUACUUUGAAGGGAGAAGAGUCCCUUUUAAAUGCUGCAAAAACUGCAUUGAAAGGCGCUGUAUCUCUUUGAAAGUCUGACUUAGGCUAUGCACUAUAAUACAUUUUUAAAAAAAAAACAAACAGGAAAGGAAAAAAUAGCAUUUUUAGAAGYACAGAACUCGUGGUUUCUAAUUGGCUACUCCUGCCUAGUUUAGUGGCCAGUGAGCUAAUACGGAGUUCUAUUGGCAACUAUUCAGUUAAGUUUAACUGUCUCCUGUUUGAAAUGUGUAUAUAGAACAGUGAAUAUUUUCUACCUUUAAGUUAUAGCCAGAUAUACAUUCCCCUUAAAAGUAACUGGUUAAGUUUUCAUCUAUAAACUUUGCAGUAAGGUCAACCUUUUGCCUUGGAAAUAGUGUACAAACUUGUAAAUCAUAAUUUAAGGACUUUUUUUUUCCUCGUUUCUGACUUUUUGGUGCUUUAUAUGGUGAGAACUAUGUUCAUAAUGGAUCAGUGACCCAUCUUUUCACAAGAAGUAUUGUUGGAAAUAAUUUUUUUCUUAGUUUCUGUGAACGACCAAAAUGGCCCCCAGAGGCAGGUAAGGUUUUUUGUUAAAAGGGGCCUUCCCCCUGUAUAAAACUUGCAGCUGUAGAUACCACAGUGAUGCCAGCAGGUUCCUAAAGCCUUGAAGAUCACUGGGUUUUUGAAAGCUGAAAAGAUGUACUUGUGUUAGAAGUGAAAAAGAGGGGGAAAUGUGCUCGUGGAAGCCUCUGAUCCAUCACCUUGUGCACGAUCUGCCUUUAUGCUUGCUGGGUAAGAGUGGUAGUUGUAGGGCUACUUAGGGCUAUUUUUAUGCCUUGAGCUGAGCUGUUUUUAAAAAACGAAAUCUCCGUUUUUCCCGAUUCUUCCAUACCUUUCUGAAGAGAUGCAGUUCAUCUUCACCUGUAUUACUUUUGUUUACUGACUCCUCACUCCAGUUAAAACUCUAGUUUUAAUGUUAUACAUGUAAAGUCCAGACUUUCAAGUCAGCAAAUUGUAAUCCGGGUAUGGAAUAUCCUGGUUGACUUAAUUUUGCAGCACGGUAUACUGGUAUAACCGGUAGUAAUAAGCACUAAUCUUGCCAAACCAAUUUCUAGAUUUUUAAGCCCCUUUAUCAAUUUAUAACAGACUUGCUGAAAAAAGACCAGUGAUGGAUGAAACAGUUUUAACAUCAUGAUACACUGGCAGCUGUCAUACCAGGCCCAUACUGUACAUAAUCUAGUCUUGUACAUUAGAUACUACCCUGUAGAAUGAAACUUUAGUUUUCACUUAAUUUUACUGGAAUACUUAUGCAUUAAACUGUAUAAAGCUUUGCAGAUCCACCUGACCUAGGGAAACUAACAGAACCUGUUACUGAUUGCAUUACUGUGAACACUGUUUACCUGUGUAGCUAUUUUUUUUUGUGGAGGAGGGACAUCUUUGUUUGAGAAGCAGCUAUUGGAGAUGCAGAGCAGCAAGGUUAAGCUAGAUGAUGGAUAUAACAAAAAGAUUUUUGGUUUCUUCCCGUUUAUUACUGAUGGUUUUGUUCCACAUUUGAGGCUUUUGUGGUACGCAGGUCUUAAAAGUUCAUACAUAGACAACAAGCUAUCAGUUCCCCCCAUCUGCAAGAGUGGUCUGGCUUUACUUCAUCCAGACUGGUUAUUCUGACACUUACCAAACUGUUACCUGUUUUAUUUCCUCUUUUUUUUUAAUGGUUUGUUUGUUUUUUUUCACUCCUUCCCCUUUUUUUUUUCCCUUCCCCCCAGGCAUUUGUUAAGAACCAUGUGUAAUUUGAGUUUGUGAUAGACUGUAUGGUUAAUGUAACUUUGUUUAAUAACAAGCUAAAGAAACAAAACUGGAAUAGCUCUAAUUUCUUCAUGUAUAAACGAUCAGCUUUUCCUCUGUUCUGACACUGCUAACUCUCAUCUAAAGCUUCUCCCGGAUGAAGUGGAAAGUGGUGCAUUUUUGUGGCAUGACUAGCAUUUUUCUCCAUGAGAAAUGCAGUAUUACAGUCCUGGUUGAGAAGUUCACUGUACUUCUAGAACGCUACAUUAAUUUCUUAUAGUAUUUGGGCAAAGAUUGUGCGUAGAUUACUUGAAUUUUCACUAGCUUUUUUUUUUCCAUUUAAAAAUAAACAUGUUUUUUAAGGGGUUUAAUAUGAAAUUAGUAUAGAAGUAUUCUACUUUGUUUUUAUGAACAUGCCACAUUGAUAAGCAGCUUUAAUCUGUAAAGUUUUUGGUAACUGCAAGAAAAUAUUUGAAAGCUAUGCAUUUUAGAGAAAGCAUAAAGGUAGUCAUAAUGGUACUUCUAAGGAUCUUUAUAUUAGUGUAUAUAAAAUAGUUUGCAUAUACAAAUAUAAUAUAUAAUCUGUUUGAAAUAUUCUUGAAAGGUAGGGGCUGUGAAACAUAAUUUAUGGAAAUAUUGUACACAGUAAACAGACCUCUGUCAGUACACGAAUGAACUUUUUGUCAUAUGCAUGAAAAAUGUCUUAUUUGGUGACUACUAAUGAAUGGGGUUUUGCCGACCCAUUUUUGUUAGGUAACCACUUUAACAAAUAUUAUUAAAUGCCACUUUGAUCAGUUUGCGCUAGUGUAAAAAUGCAUAUUUUGUUCCAAUUAAUUUAAAACAGUGUGAGAAUGACUUUUAUACGAAGAUUUGUUCCAAACUCAACGGUGGCAAACAAAUCUGGUAAUUAAAUGUGCUACACUACUCAUUCUUCCCCCAACCUUUCCGUUGUCGAAAGCGAAUAAGGUUUUAUCAUUAAUUCUAUGAACAUGAAGAAGUUGGGUUGUAAAAUAUCCUGUCUUGUAUGGCUCUGCGA